GAUUUUGACAUUGAUGAAAAUGAUGUACUGGUUUUUCUGCACAUUCAGAAGACUGGAGGGACAUUUUUUGGGAGAGCUUUAGUUAAAAAUCUAGAUGUUGAUCCUCCAUGUGUAUGUCAACGUAAAGUAAAAAGAUGUGACUGUCUAACAGACAGAAAAAAAUUGUGGUUGUUUAGUCGGUAUUCUACUGGAUGGAAAUGUGGUCUUCAUGCAGACUGGACAGAAUUACAAAAUUGUGUAGAUCAAACAUUAGACCAAAUGGAAGGCAGUCACAGAAAAAGAAGGUUACAUUACAUAACAUAUCUCAGAGAUCCAAUUAACAGAUACAUUAGUGAAUGGAAACAUGUGGUUCGUGGUGCCACCUGGAGUGGCGCUGAUCUUAAGUGCAAUGGCAAACCUGCUACAUUAGAAGAAGUUCCUUUUUGCUACGAAGACAGCACAUGGGAAGGUGUGUCAUUGGAUGAGUUUUUAGGGUGUCCACAUAACUUAGCCAAUAAUCGUCAAACAAGAAUGUUGGCUGAUCUACGCUUAGUAAAUUGUUAUAAUAAAACUGGAAUGAGCCAAGAGAAAAGAGACUCCAUUAUGUUGGAAAGUGCUAAACAUAAUCUCAAAGAAACAACAUUUUUUGGAAUAACAGACUAUCAAAACUACUCUCAAGCACUCUUUGAGAAAACGUUUCAAUUGUCAUUUUUAGAAGAUUUUGAGCAAAAAAAUCGAACACAUGCAGAAAAGGUUGAUUAUUCUAAAUACACAGAGAGACUUAAAGAAAAUAACCAUCUAGAUUUAGAACUUUUCCAAUUUGCCAAAAAAUUAUUUUUUAAAAGACUGAAA